AUGGUACUUCCACUGGUGCCGCUGGUCGUUCUCCCUGUCCUCGCCCAUCGCCUUCCCUUCCCUCUUGUAGCUUCUCCAAACCCCGCCUACCCACGCUCCCUGGUGGUGUGUCGCCAACCCGAAGUCAGGCUUGUCACCUCCUCACUCAUUGCGAACAAGGCCCCCUGGACCCCUGCCGUCUUCGACGACGUGUCUCGUACCACGCGGGUCAUCGACCCCGAACUCAUGGACAAUGACAAAUGCCAGCUGGUCCAACACCUCGCCCUUGAGGUCACGCUUCGUUACCCUGCCAUGCCCUCCUUGGCCUGGGCCAACGACUUUCCGGCGAAUGUGAGGCGCCUUCUCUUUCUCUCCAUCGUGGAGCAGCCCAUCCACUUCGUGCUCAAGUUCUUUGGGUCUUCUGGUUUCAUCCAUGAUUUCUCAAACCGGUUCCACGCCAGGGCCCCGAUGACCAGUGACUACCCCAUCUUCAUCCCCCUCUCCCCGUUUAAGGACUACUACCUUGUUAUCCUCGGACUCACCAUUACGCUCCUCCCCCCCGACUCGACUCUUGUUGUAGACCCCCUCACCCACACGUUCGAAAUCCACCCCAUCCCCGGCCGCAUUGGCUCACUCUGGAGCCCCGCCGCUCUCGUCGAGCCCUUCCCCUUCUGCACCGGCACGCCCACCUGCGGAUGCCGUGUGGCCCACACCCGCGAGUUCAUCCUCUGGGUCGCCUACAUUUACGGCUGGGCCAUGGCCAUCCCCCUCGGCAGGCCGUACUCCUACGUUCGUCCGCCCUUUCGAUUCGCCUUGCCUGUGUACCAACCGCCUCCUAUCCCCGGCCCCAUGACCUCCAAUGCCUUUCCGCUGUCCCUCUAA